AUGCGCGUGACGCACGGCGCGCAGGGGUCUAUAAAGCCAGGCGCACUGCUCAGUGCUCAUGCCCGCUCCAUGUGCUCUAUCAUGUCUGUGGACGCAGCUCUGAACGCAGAAGACCAUUUUCUUCUGAUGAACAUGAGCCUGGAGUCAGUCGCGACGCACCGCGGCUACAACAUCUGGCUCCCGGGGGUCGGGAUCGCGGCCGUGUACGCGCUCAUCAUCGCUGUGGGUCUUGUGGGAAACGCCACUUUGAUGAAAACGUGUCUAUUAGUAAAGUCAAUGCGCACAGUACCUAACCUGUUCUUAUCCAGCCUCGCACUGGGGGACCUGCUUCUGCUGGUCACCUGCGCGCCCGUGGACGCCAGUCGGUACCUGGUGGAUGAGUGGCUGUUCGGGCGCGUGGGGUGCAAACUCAUCCCGUUCAUCCAGCUCACCUCCGUGGGAGUGUCUGUGUUUACCCUCACAGCGCUGUCUGCAGACCGGUACAAAGCCAUAGUGAAGCCUUUGGACGUCCAGACCUCCACAGUGGGCAUUUGCGUGCGAGCUGUGGCCAUCUGGCUCCUGUCGCUCAGCCUGGCGGUCCCUGAGGCUGUCUUUUCAGAUCUGCACACAUACUCCAUCGCUCACACCAACGAGACCUUUGUGACCUGCGGACCGUACCCCCAGGCCGGUCAUCUGCACCCCAGAAUCCACUCCACGGCCUCCUUCGUCAUCUUCUAUGUGGGGCCGCUGCUCACCAUCUCAGUGUAUUACGUCUUCAUCGCACGCAGCCUCAUCCAGAGCUCGAAGGACCUCCCCGAAGAAGGACACCAGCAUCUUAAGAAACAGAUGAAGUCGAGGAAGCGGCUGGCCAAGACGGUGCUGGUGUUCGUGGGUCUGUUCGCCGUGUGCUGGCUGCCCAGUCACGUCAUCUACCUGUACCGCUCCUACCACUACGACCAGGCCGACACCUCCCUGGGCCACUUCAUCGCCAGUGUGUCCGCUCGCAUCCUGGCCUUCACCAACUCCUGUGUGAACCCGUUUGCUUUGUACCUGAUGAGCAAGAGCUUCAGCAAACACUUCAGUAAGCAGAUCCUGUGCUGUCGCUCCGGACCGCAGCCACGCAGCCAAAGCAGCCGCAGCACCAACAUCACCUCUGUGUAG